AUGACCCUUGUAAAUACCCACGAACCUUUGCGCUACCGCUCACAGGAUGAGUGGGGUGCAUUAAAAGCGCGUAAGCGGCAAAAUCCGCAAUCAACCAGCCAACCAAACUCCCUCCACGACCCUCCAGCCCAAACCCCCUCCACGACCCCCAACCAACCAAACCCCCCACGACCCUCAGCCAACCAAAACUCCCUCCACGACCCUCCAGCCAACCACUCCCUCCACGACCCUCCAGCCAACCAAACUCCACGACCCUACCAGCCAAACACACCUCACGACCCUCCAGCCAGCAAACUCCCUCACGACCUCCAGCCAACCAAACCUCCCUCCGGCCCCCAACUAGCCAAACUCCCUCCCGACCUCCCAGCCAACCAGACUCCCUCAGCCCUCCUUAGCCAACUCCUCCGACCCUCCAAUAGCCAGACUCCUCGGCCCUCCAAUAGCCAAACUCCUUCCACGGCCCCUCCAGCCCAGCCACUCCUCCCGACCCCCAGCCCGCCAACUCCCUCGACCCUCCAGCCCAACCCAAACUCCCUCGACCCUCCAACAGCCAAACUCCCUCCACGACCCUCCAGCCAACCAAACUCCCUCCGACCCCCAGCCAGCCAAACUCCCUCCACGACCUCCAACCAGCCCGGCUCCCUCACGACCUCCAGCCAGCCCAAACUCCCUCCACGACCCCUCCAAUAG